AUGCACAUCAAGUCCAUGCUCGACGAGACCCGGAGGACGGGCGAGCCCUCCUUCUCCUUCGAAUACUUCCCGCCCAAGACCGCCCAGGGUGUCCAGAACCUCUACGACCGUAUGGAGCGCAUGUACCACUUCGGACCCAAGUUCAUCGACAUCACAUGGGGUGCUGGCGGUCGUAUCGCCGAGCUGACAUGCGAGAUGGUCCUCCAGGCCCAGUCCAUCUACGGUCUCGAGACCUGCAUGCAUCUGACUUGCACAGACAUGGGCCUGGACAAGGUCAACGACGCCCUCCGCAAGGCCUACAAGGCCGGCUGCACCAACAUCCUGGCCCUGCGUGGCGACCCCCCGAGAGAGCAGGAGAAGUGGGAGGCCACCGACGAUGGCUUCCGCUACGCGAAGGACCUGGUCAAGCACAUCCGCGCUACCUACCACGACCAUUUCGAUAUUGGUGUCGCCGGCUACCCCGAGGGCUGCGACGAUAACAAGGACGAGGAGCUGCUGCUGGACCACUUGAAGGAGAAGGUCGACAUGGGUGCCACCUUCAUCGUCACACAGAUGUUCUAUGACGCCGACAACUUCAUCCGCUGGGUCGGCAAGGUGCGCGAGCGUGGCAUCACCGUCCCCAUCAUCCCCGGUAUCAUGCCCAUUGCCACCUACUCUAGCUUCCUCCGCCGCGCCAAGCACAUGAACUGCAAGGUCCCCGAGGACUGGAUGGCUGCUCUCGAGCCCAUCAAGAACGACGAUGUCGCCGUCAGAGAAGUCGGAAAGGGCCUUGUUGCCGAAAUGUGCCGAAAGAUUGUUGCCGCCGGUAUUCACCACCUGCAUUUCUACACCAUGAACCUGGCCCAGGCCACAAGAAUGGUCCUCGAGGAGCUGAACUGGAUGCCCACAAGCGACCGUCCCGUCAAGCACGCCCUGCCCUGGAAGCAGUCCCUUGCCCACGGCCGCAGAGAGGAGGACGUGCGUCCCAUCUUCUGGAAGGGCCGCAACAAGUCCUAUGUCCUCCGCACCCAGGAUUGGGACGAGUUUCCCAACGGUCGCUGGGGUGACUCUCGAUCUCCCGCCUUCGGUGAGCUGGAUGCCUACGGCAUUGGCCUGACGGGCACCAACGAGCAGAACCGGAAGAAGUGGGGCGAGCCCAAGUCCAUCAAGGAUAUCGCUAACAUCUUCGUCCGCUACCUCGAGACGGAGCUUGACUCGCUUCCCUGGAGUGAGGCACCCCUGACCAGUGAAGCCGAUCCCAUUCGAGAGGAGCUCAUCGGCUUGAACAAGCGUGGCCUGCUCACCAUCAACUCUCAGCCUGCUGUUGACGGCGUGAAGUCGACUCAUCCCGUGCACGGCUGGGGUCCGGCAAACGGUUACGUCUACCAGAAGGCCUACCUCGAGCUCCUGGUUCAUCCCGAUGUGUACGCCGAGAUCGUCUCCCGUGUCGAGAAGAACCCUGACAUGACGUACUACGCUACCACCAAGAGCGGUAACCUGAAGUACAACGCAACACACGAUAGCCCCAACGCCGUUACUUGGGGUGUCUUCCCUGGCAAGGAGAUUGUGCAGCCGACUAUCGUCGAAGGCAUCAGCUUCAUGGCCUGGAAGGACGAGGCCUUCCGCCUCGGUAUCGACUGGGCGCACUGCUUUGAGGCCGGAACUCCCAGCAGAGUGCUGAUCGAGCGUAUCAUGAACGAGUGGUACCUCAUCAACAUUGUCAACAACGACUUCCACCAAAAGACGGCCCUCUUCGACCUGCUCGAAGGACUUGAAGUGAAGGAAUACGCCGACAUUCCUGCCGAGCCCCAAACCAAUGGGGCGGCGAAGGAGCAGGUAGCAGAGACUAACGGCAACUCUGUCCCUGCCACCGCCAACUAA